UUUUACAGCCUACUGGCCUUUUCAUGAGACAUCACUGAGGAAGAACACUACUUCCUGUUUCCUGUUUUUAACCAGUUCUGUUCUAAUGAGCCGCUGUUCAGGCAGGGCUCAUUCUCUCGGAAAUCAACCCUGCUACUCAUGGAUAAGUGUACCUUAUUAUGGCUUCAUUGCAUUCUUUUGUUCGUGGGGCAGACUUCCUCUUAUAUAUCUUUCAGGAAACACAAUGUGAUCCUUUCAACCCCCUGCUUCAGUGUUGGUCCUCGUGGUGGCGUAGUGACUUGCCUCAAUCCGAGUUGUGGAGGACGAAACUCAGCUGCCUCCGAGUCUGAGACCGUCAGUCUGCGCAUCUUAUCACGUGGCUUGUUAAGCAUGUUACCGCAGAGACAAAGCACGUGUGGAGGCUUCACGCUAUUCUCUGCGACAUCCACGCACAACUCACCACGCGCCCCACUGAGAGCGAACCCCAUUAUGGCGACCAUGAGGAUGUUACCCCAUGUGACUCUACCCUCCCUAGCAACCAGGCCAAUUGGUUGCUUAGGAAGCCGGACUGGAGUCACUCAGCACGCCCUGGAUUCGAACUCGCGACUCCAGCCCAUCGACACCACAGUGACUGCUCCAAUCUCUGCCUGUUUGGCAGACAUCUCGGCCUGGAUGAAGGAACUCCACCUGCAACUUAACACAGCCAAAACCGAACUCCUUGUCUUUCCAGCUAACCCUGCUUUUGAACACAACAUCACUGUGCAGCUGGGUGCAACUACAGUAACGCCUUCCAAAACAGUCUGAAAUCUAAAGAACCAUGUCAUGGCCGCCGAGCCAGAGUUCCACAUCAUGGCCGCCGAGUCAGAGUUCCACGUCAUGGCCGCCAAACCAGAGUUCCACGUCAUGGCCGCCGAGCCAGGGUCCCACGUCAUGGCCGCCGAGCCAGGGUCCCACGUCAUGGUCGCCAAGCCAGGGUCCCACAUCAUGGUCGCCGAGCUUGCGCCACCUUCUGCCCCUGAUCCUGAGUCAGCUCCAUGCCAUGUCACAGCCACACCAGAGUCAGCUCCAUGCCAUGUCACAGCCACGCCAGAGUCAGCUCCAUGCCAUGUCACAGCCACGUCAGAGUCUGCUCCAUGCCAUGUCACAGCCAUGCCAGAGUCAGCUCCAUGCCAUGUCACAGCCACGCCUGAGUCUGCUCCAUGCCAUGUCACAGCCACGCCUGAGUCUGCUCCAUGCCAUGUCACGCCUCGGCCUGCUCCAUUCCAUGUCACAGCCAUGCCUCAGCCUGCUCCAUGCCAUGUCACAGUAAUGCCUCAGCCUGCUCCAUGCCAUGUCACAGCAAUGCCUAAGCCUACUCCAUGCCAUGUUACAGCAAUGCCUCAGCCUGCUCCAUGCCAUGUCACAGCAACGCCUAAGCCUACUCCAUGCCAUGUCACAGCAACUCUUCGGCAUGCUCCAUUCCAUGUCACAGCAGCACCUCAGCCUGCUCCAUACCAUGUCACAGCAACGCCUCAGCCUGCUCCAUGCCAUGUCACAGCCGAACAUCAGUCUGCUCCAUGCCAUGUCUCAGUCAAGCCCCAGACUGCUCCAUGCCAUGUCACAAGCAAGCCUUUGCUCCAUGGUCCAGACCCACCUCUGCUCCACGGUCCAGGCCCGCCUCUGCUCCACAUUCCAGGCCUUAAGCCUCAUGUUUGCCAUUGUCCUUUUUCAGGUAUUGUUUAUGUAAUAUUGUAUUGGUAGUCAAGUCAAGUCAAGUCAAGUCUAAUUUAGUUAUUGUUUAUGUUUUGUAGUCAUGUUUUUGGCAUUCACUCUUCAUGUAAAUAAACACUGCACUUGGGUUCUUCACAUCAUCAUCGUCUGCCUGUCAUUGCUGCCAGCUUUCUUUUUGUAAGGAAAAUUAUGAAAGUACACAAGUAAUUUUGUGAUUUGAGCAAAGUGAAUG